CAGUACUAUAUAUCCGACCUCCCGCUCCUCUCACCUGUUACUAGUCGUCGAGUGACUUUUCGCUGUGUUUCCGCCUUUAAGAAAUAUUAAUUAUUAUUAAAGAAAACUAUGUUACAACAACGAUUUGCCAUGGAGGCUUUCACACACGCUGAUAUUUCGUCCUUGUUACGACUUUUGGACAACAUUGACAGCCACUGAGUUAUCAUGGGGUGGUGGUGGUGCUGCUGUAGGAGGACCAGUGAGGCUUCCGAAGAGGACCAAAGGGAGCCGCUGGCGGUUCCCUCCCCCACUGAAACCAGCCGUGAAGAGAGCCCGGAAGUUGAAGUUGACAGGGAAAUGGGUCAGACAGUCAGCCAGGUCGGGAAGAAACUCUUCCCCUCGAAGGAAUCUCCCCCAAAGGCAGAGGCUACUGUUGUAGUUGAAGUCAACGAAGCUGAUUCGGUUGCCGUUCCCAGAAGCCCAGUGUCAUCCUCCCCGAAAUACCCCCUUGCCACACCCCGCCAACCUCUCCGGCAAACCUCCGUAACACGAAAAUCCUCAGAAGCCUCGAUCUCAGAAACCCCGGCUAAGAGGUUUAAGGGAGACACGACAUACUUGAACUUUCCCUUCUUGUUGGAUGAGAAAACCAUUGAUUAUGUUCAGAACAAUAAAGUUAUGUUUAUCAUGAAGGGCUUGCCAGGAUCAGGCAAAUCCACCAUUGUCAAAGCUAUUCAGGAGGUUUACAAGGACUCAGUCGUGUGCUCAGCAGAUUUUUACUUCAUGAGAAGCGGAAAGUACAAAUUCCGACCAGAUAAGCUCAAGGACGCACACCAGGCUUGUCAGAACAAGGCCACAGCCACGGCAAGUAGAGGCAUGAACGUCAUAAUCAUCGACAACACAAAUGUCCGCAACUGGGAGAUGAAGUUCUACUUGACCCUGGCCAGGGAAUACCAUUAUGUACCUGUGAUAGUGGAACCGCAGACUCCGUGGUGUAGGGAUGCCCACGAGCUGGCCACGAGAAAUUCUCACGGGGUGGACGAAAGCAUCAUUGAGCAAAAGGUUAAGGGUUACCAAGAAGUUCUUCCUCUGUACUUUGGUUGGUUCUUUAAUGAAACAGAUUCCGUCUCUGUUUUGAAAAUCACAAAUGAAUGGCUAAAACACUGCCUGCAAGUUCAAGAUUUCUUCUCAGACCUCUCGGCAGAAACUGGAUUGUCAUCGAGAGAAGAACUCCUGAAAUACUUUAACCGAUCUUCCUUUGUUGAUGGGGGACCCACCUUACAUGCAACAGCAAAGUUCACAGCAAGAGGAAAGGCAGAAAAUGCAAUGGAAUAUAUAAAUAACCCCAUUGUAAAAACUGCACAAGGCAAAGCCUUUUCUGUCGACAUCAUUGGCUAUGUGAUCACACCAUUCACGAUAGGAGCCAGAAUCAAACUGACACCCAGCAUGCUCCAGUUGUGGGGAAAUGAUGAUGAGGAAGCCAUGCCUGAGAAUUUGGCCGGUAACGAAGCCAAAAAGGCACACAAGCAGCACCGAGAUUCUGAAAAGCUGGAUGCAAACGAGAACUCUGAUAGCGUGGGUGACCUGAGUGUCUUGAUCUCAGAGAGCUGCCAGAACACUGUGAUUGCUGUUCCUCAGGAUCUGACAGACAGGUUCUGUCCAUCAGUGGGGAAGGGAAGCCGUGCACAUAUUACCCUAGGCUGUGCACCAGGAGUGAAACCCGUGAGAACAGGAUUUGACAUGAUAAGUGCAGUAGCCUUUGAACGGAAGGCCAAGGAGAGGGGGGACUUUGGUGUAUCCAAUCCCAGUGAGAAGAGUUUCAUUGUGCCUGGCGGUGUGCUCAGAACUUACGGAGAAUGUUGUUGGAUUAUUUACCCAGAAAACAAGUUGGUUGUGAGUGCCAUAUUUUCAUCAUACAAUUAGAAAUGAAGGCAGUGCAGGUUCUUUGGAAGAAAAGCUUUUCCUGUGAUGUUUUUUACUUUAUUUUGUACAAAUUCAUUUGUACUGAAUAUAGAAUUUACGCAUGCAAACACACAAGUAUAUUCAUUCAUUUGUAUAUGCAUAAAACUGAAUUAAUAAGAAAUGUAGAUAUGAAAUGGUUAUAUAUAAUUAUUUAUAUAGCUCUACCAGUUUUGCUGUUUUUAUAUAUAGCGAUGUAUUAUUUUAUAUGUUAUAUUUUAUUAACCAGUUCAUAGUAAGAAUGUCAUAAAUCUUUCCUUCUUGAUAUAACAAGAAAUGAAUUCCUUAAAAUCAUAAAAUUCAGUUCAAAUCUUAGUAUAUUUGUUUAAAUAAAUUAAUUUAUUUUUCACAUCUACUUAAGCUCUUGAAGAACAAAAACAGUUUGAAUGAAAAUUCAGAAAAGACAUAUUAGGUAACAUGAUGAAAAUGUGCAAUAUGGUUAGAUGUAUAUAAUUUGUGCCCUUGCUCUGUGUGUGUGUGUGUGCAUGUGCGUGUGCGUUUGAGUGAGGGAGGAAGAGAGGGAGAAAGGGACAGGGACAGGGAGUGAGGGACAGGCAGAGAGAGAGUAAGUGAGCGAGUGAGUGAGUGAGAGUAAGAGGGAGAGUGUGAUACUAAUGACUGGUUUUCUUGUCUGGUCACGGUAAAAUCUUUUUAAGCCAUUUAUAAAACAUCCACCUUACCUUAUGGAAUUUGGAGUAAUCUGGGGAUCCUUCCUUCAAAAGAUUGAUAAUUAAAUAGUGAUAAAGUUUUUUAAUCCUCAAUCCUCAAGUCUUUCACAUGUAAGGUGAAACUAAAAACACUGUACUUCGUUAGUGUUUAUAGAGAGAUGUUGUGAUAGGAAAGUUAAAUCUGCCUGGCAUGAAAUAUCAUUAUUAAUGUAUCGGAGACAUAGGCAAGCACUUACUAGCACUAUAUAUCUUCAUGUUAAGCAUUUUCAGUGGCUACAAGUGGAAUGUUCUUGAUAGCACAAAGAUCAUUGAGCUACUGUGAUUAUUUUGAACUCUACUAGUCUUGUAUGUAAGUCUCAUGUUAAUUCAGUUAUGGUUUGUUGUAAAAUAGGAAUUCAGACAAACAGUUUUUCUCAUACCCCUUAUCUUCUUCUGCCUCCUUCUCUUCUUCUCCCUCCUCCUCCUCCUCCUCCUCCUCCUCCUCCUCCUCCUCCUCCUCUUCCUCCUUCUCUUCCUCCUC